UAACUUACGCAGGUUUAACCUGUAUUACAUAAUUUUGCAAGCUGUAGUUUUCAUCUUGCUAUCUUGGACAUUUGGACAUUAGUUCAUUAGUGCUGGAGAAUUGUAUUGUCAGCAAUCAAACUCUGAACUACACACUUACGUUAAAACCACCCUGGAAUAGAAAAUGUUGCGCACAAUGUCAAAGCCAGAUGGAUUUCACAUUGUCACGCCACUCCUCGAGAGCACGGGCAUGUCUAAGCGAAUGGGGAGUUCCGUGUAUUUGAAGAUGGAGAGCUCACAGCCCACCGGUUCCUUCAAAAUCCGUGGAAUAGGAUUCAUGUGUCAAAAUGUUGCAAGUUCCACCAAGCCGAACGGUGUGGUUUGUUCUUCUGGUGGUAAUGCUGGGAUGGCCACAGCAUAUGCAGCAAGAAAACUCAACCUUCCAGCCACCAUUGUUUUGCCCUCUGCAACACCCCAACUGGUAGUGCAGAAACUGAAGGACCAGGGAGCUACGGUCAAAGUUGCGGGCAAGGUUUGGGAUGAUGCAAAUGAUGAGGCCCUCCGAUUGGCUGAAAGUGAAGGUCUUACUGUGAUACCACCAUUCAACCAUCCACUAAUCUGGAAAGGUCAUACCAGUAUCGUACAUGAACUCAAGGCCUCUUUGACAACCAAACCAGGAGCUAUAGUGUUGUCCGUUGGGGGUGGUGGUCUGUUUUGUGGGGUGAUGCAGGGGCUGGAUGAGGUGGGCUGGGGCAGUGUGCCUGUCCUCUGUAUGGAGACUGUUGGUGCAGAUUGUUUCAAUGCCGCCCUGAAAGCCGGAGAGCUGGUUACAUUGCCAGACAUUACAAGUGAAGCAACGUGUCUGGGAGCAAAGACAGCAUGCAGACAGGCGUUUGAAUACAGCAAACGGCCCACUGUCAUUUCAGAGGUGGUGACAGAUCUACAGGCUCUGGAGGCAAUGGAACUGUUCCUGGAUGAGGAGCGUGUGUUGGUGGAGUUAGCCUGCGGAGCUGCACUGGCUGCAGUGUACAGUGGUGUUAUCCAAAGGCUACAGGAGACGGAACGCCUUCCUAAACCACUCGGCCCACUGGUGAUAAUCGUGUGUGGAGGUGGCAGUGUAAACUGGGCUCAGCUUCAACACUUACAGGCAGUCAUACGGAAAUGAUCAGAACUGAAAAGAUCCCUACAGUCCACUGCAUAUGAAGAUUCUUCAAUUUGUUAAAGCUAAUAUUUUAAAGAUGGUCAAUGCAAAUGCUAUAGCUUGCAGAGUCAUGAGAUGAUGUGGACUUUCUAUAGUAUUUCAUUGAUUAAAUACUAAAAUUGAUGGUUCACUCAAAAAUGAAAAGUAUGUAAUUAUUUAUUCACCCUCACGUAGUUUCAACCCUUUAUGUAUUGUCUUUCUUCUGUGGAACACAAAAGGAGAUGCUAGCAUCUUUCCUUACAACUCAGAGAACAUGUUUUGAGCAAACAUUCAGAACUAUAGAAUAAGAAAGAAUAGUCAGGAAAACAUAUUUGGAUUCUCUUCUGUAACAGCUUCCUUUAGUGAAAUAUUGUUUGUGCAAUAAAAUCAUAUCUGGACAUUA